UGGCCUGGGAAUGUGAUUUGGUGCAGACGUGACUGGGAAACAUCUCUAGUUUCUGUGUGGCAAGAGAGCUAGAAACAGACAGAAAACAAAGGAAUAGAACCAGAGAAGUUUAAAGGAGGGAGGAUUUUUCCUCUGGAUUUCUACGAAACAGCCAUGGAAACUCCAUAUGACGACACUGACGAUGAACGUCAGGAGAAACGAGGUUGUUUCGAGUGCUGUAUUAAAUGUCUGGGCGGCGUGCCAUACGCGUCUCUGGUGGCCACCAUCCUGUGCUUCUCCGGCGUGGCGCUCUUCUGCGGCUGCGGACACGUCGCUCUGACAGGAACCCUCACCAUCCUGGAGAACCACUUCUCCAAGAUCACCACAGACCACGCCAUGCUGACCGACAUAAUCCAGCUCAUGCAGUACGUCAUAUAUGGCAUCGCCUCCUUCUUCUUCCUGUACGGCAUCAUUCUGCUCGCCGAGGGAUUUUACACCACCAGCGCCGUCAAAGAGCUCCACAGCGAGUUCAAGACCACCGUCUGCGGACGCUGCAUCAGCGGGAUGGUACGGGAACGUUCUGUAGCUAUACUGAUGAAUAAUAUGAUAAAUAUUCAAACCAACAAGGUUUUAAAAGACAUCGGAGAUACAAUAUGGCUUGAAAACAACUUAUCAAACAAAAAAGAAAACGUCAAGCAGGGAGAGAGGAGAGCUCCUCGAGGAAUCUUCCAAACAGGACUAAAUCACCUCCGCAGAAACGCCGCCACGCCACCCCUGACGUCACCGUAA